AUGGCGGUGGUGGCCUCAAUGGCGGCGACGACGGUGGAAUGCGGCUACGGCAAUAGUGGUGGCAGUAACGAUGAAAAGUGGUUAUGGAAGGCAGUGGUGGAAGGUGGUAGUGAUGCAAAGGAAGGCGGUGUCAGUGAUGGUGGUGGAAAGCGAGUCACCAUUCUUCUCUUUGUUCUCUCUCUCUUAUUUGUUCAUGGGUAUGCACACAACAAACCUGCUCCUAAUGCAGGAAAGCCAAAUCCUGCUGGUGCAGCUAAAAAACCAAAUCCUGCUGGUGCAGCUAAGAACCCAGAUCCAUUAAACCCCAAUGGAGGCCCUGCGGGUGCAGCUAAAAAAGCGGGUGCUCCUGUUGCGGCUAAAAAACCAGCUCCUGCUGGUGCAGCUAAAAAGAAGAAUUAA